AUGGUUCUGUUCUUGUUGCUUUUCCAGAUGAGAUGUGACAAAGCUCUCACCUACCUAAGAUUUAUCGGGACGACAAUGUUUGGAGUCUCGCUACUCGUGGGGAUCUCUACCGCCUACAUCAUGGGCUACCAGUUUUUCACCACGGCACGAAACCACUUGUCCUUCGGGCUGUACGGGGCCAUCCUGGUCAUCCACCUCCUCAUCCAGAGUCUGUUCGCUCUCCUAGAACACCGGAACAUGAGGAGAUCCCUGGAGACGCCCAUCAAACUCACCAAAUCACUGGCCCUGUGCAUCGCAGCCUAUCAGGAGGACCCGGCGUACCUGAGGAAGUGCUUGGUAUCCGUCAAGAGGUUGACCUACCCGGGCAUCAAGGUCGUCAUGGUGAUUGACGGGAAUAACGAGGACGACAACUACAUGAUGGAGAUCUUCCGGGAGAUCAUGGGCAGGGAUAAAGCCGCCACUUACGUCUGGAAAAACAACUACCACCACCGGGGACCUGAGGAGACGGACGAGACGUACGCUGAGAGCCUGCAGGCCGUCUUGCGCCUGGUGCUCAAUAAUAAGUGUGUCUGCAUCAUGCAGAAGUGGGGAGGCAAGAGGGAAGUCAUGUACACAGCCUUCAAAGCCCUAGGGAGGAGUGUGCACUAUGUUCAGGUAAGUCCUGGAGGAGGAGGGGUUGGAGGGGGGGCGGUGCGGUUUGUGCCAAGCUAAAUAUGGGGUACACAAAGACGCUUUUGUGCUCUCUUUCUGAAAAAGGAUGGUGUGGAGGCCAUGUGCAUGUACCGUAGCUUCAAGGCUGUAAGGGUAAUGCUGUUCAUCAGAGUGCUAGACCUCAGUGUGAAGCCAUUAACAUAUUUUUCUGCACUCAGUCCAACUCAGACAAAGUGGAGAGACCUGUAGGCUAAUAGGUUGGAGUCAGAUCAUGUUGCAUAGCAUGGCGUCAAAACACACAGUAUUCUCAAUGAGGAACUUUAAAAGUGACAGUAUCCGCAUUAGCUACUAUCCCAAGGCGUGUAUAAAGUUCCUUCAAUAACAUUUACUAAGUAGUAUUUUUCCCAACUGUGCUGUAUAUACUACAUUGUGAAUAGUUAUACAGCAACACUGGAGUGUAGGUCCUCCAAACUGCUCUGGAUAAUACUGGAGUGUAGGUCCUCCAAACUGCUCUGGAUAACUAGAUUGUCUGCCUCUGAACGUCAUGAGUCUUGAGGUGGGAUAUUGGAGACCAAACAAUAGAUGCUAGCAUCUGUUUUCGGCAAAAGCUUGAACAUAUACACCAGUCAAACACGUUCCAAGCUCGGUACACUCUUAGAAAAAUGGGUUUUACCUGGAACCGAAAGGGUUAUUCAAGCGGUUCUACUAUGGGGACAGCCGAAGAUUAAAGGUUCUAGAUAGCACCUAUUUUUCUGAGAGUGUAGUACCGGUAAAGAAAAAAUGGUUCUGUCAGUGAAAAAAGAACCCAUAGUUCGUAUAAACAGGUAAUAAUGAGAUCAAUGAAAGGCUAUAUCCCAAAUGGCAACCUAUUCCAUAUUCAGUGCACUGUUUUUGUCCAGGGCCCAAUAGGGCUCCGUUCGGGACGCAGCCUAGUACACUGCUGUCUUUCCACCGUAAACGGCUGGUUUCAGUUAUAAUUCUAACCUCUGAUCCAAAGCUUAUGUAGGGCUAACUGUGUUGCCAUUCUCACAUAUCUGUCUUAGCUAGCUAUUAGCUACCAGACCUGUGUGGUUAUUCUCACUGUGGGGUCGUCUGUCUAACGUACCUGAUCGUGACGGUUAAAGCCUUGGCUUGGCAACACACAGAUGACUUACUUGACUUGACUUAGGUCGCGUCCCAAAUGGCACCCUAUUCCCAAAUGGCCCCGGUCAAAAGUAGUACACUAUAUAGGGAAUAGGGUGCCAUUUGGGAAGCAGCCUUAAGGCGUCCGCAUGCUUCCCAGCUGAAAGUUCAUAUAUUAUAACAACAUCUUGUGAUGUUUGUAUUCGUUUUGGACAUCGGUUAGGGGGUUUUUCAGCUGUUCGGGCACACACAUUUUUUUUUCGGGGGCCGAAGUCUACGCCCCUUCGUCGGUGAUUGGUCAACAGUAGGGAUUCUUCAAUAAAGUAUUUGUUGUCAUUCAACCAGAGACGACUCGUUUUCAUGCACAUGUUUUCAUUGAAAAAUACUGCACCAAACAUCUUAGUUAGAUGUCAAAUUGUGCGACUAAGAUCUCUUCGGCAAAAAAUGUAUUACAGAUUUCUUGAGUUAUCUUAGAUAGAUAUUUUGAGGAAGUGUAUACUGGCUACGGCGUCUCAAAAUGGACAAACAGUACUAUUGCCGCUCUUUUAUUGUUUCCGAUGACAUCAUCGAUGACAUCAUCGGUGUGCAUCAUGUGAUUUUAACCAAUGAAUGAGGAGGCAUUACCUACUAAUUGCCUACUAAUUGUCUACUAAUUAGUUGAUGAUGUCAUUGGAAACACAUCUUUUUUUACUACAAAACAUAGAAACAUUUUCAAAGAUGUUGAUGUUGGAGUGGUGCUGGAGAUGAUGCCUACGACAUUGAAAUGUCCCUUUAAGCAUUCCUCUUAGCGGUCCUGUUAUGUCUGAUAAAAUAUGUUGCAUCAGUGGAUGAACUUGACAUGACCUUUAUUUAGCUACUGGUUGCUGCAUGAUCAUCACAAUAAACUAAUAUUGCUUGGUGCGUCCCAAAUAGCACCCUUUUCCCUGUACAGUGCACUACGUUUGACCAGGGCCCAUAGUGUCAAAAUAACUAAACCUUCUAUUCUCACCAUAACUGUGUGUGAAUAUAUUGAUAUUGUGACAUUGGGUUAACACUUAACUACACAGGCGUAAGAGCAACUUAAUGUAAAGUGUUACCCGGCAUUGCUUUGCAGUGUCAUUAUUCUGUUGGCAGGCUAUAUUAUGGGUCAACUAAUAUUCCAGUAUAUUAUAUAAUAUAUAUAAUAUAUACUAAUAUAAUAAUAUAUAUAAUAUAUUACUAUUAUAUAAUAUAUAAUAGUAAUAUUCCAGUCUCACGCUGCGAGAGGAAGGCCCCAGGACACCCAAGCUGUCCUCAGACAACCCCUUGUUUGUUAGAGAGCUAGCGCCGUGUGACCAGCGUACUAAGGCGUUAGAAACAGGCCUACAACGCAGUCUGUCGGACAGAGGACAUGCGCUACGUGUCGUAUAGAUCCAGUUGGAACAUCAGUGAAUCCAUAGUUCAUCUGCUGACUUUAUGACCCGACCUUAGCCUUUGCGAUGUCAAACCUCUGUGGUAUUUGUGGCACAGAUCAACCGACUGACACCAGAUGGAACAUGUUUUACUGAGAAGACCUUUUACACAAGCUAUUUCCGAUAACCACUUAUCGAAGGAACGACUGAUUAUUAGCGGUUUUCAUGUUAUCUCCCCAAGCUGAGGCUUGUUACAGCUGCAAUCUGUUUACUCUUUUACUGUCAAACUAGAAAGAUGAAAUGGGACUUUCCCCUUUUGGUUUCAGCAUCUGUAGUCUUUGUAGUGAUUUGUUGUUGAUCUGUGGAUAUCAAUGCCAUUUAUGGACUAUCAGAACAGGUUUGGUGCUAACGUUGCUAUCGGACUGGUUGCCAAGGGGAAGUGAUCAAAUAAAUAGAAUUCCAUUUCUAUAGUAGUGAUGCAGCUUCACUUAAUCAAACACUCAACAGAUUAUGAAAAUAACAUGAGUAAUGUUGUGUACAUUAGAAUGAUUGCAGGUGUACCAACAGGCUAUGCCAAACUAUGCAUGAGUAGCUGUUCUCACUGGGAAAGGGCAUGUGUAUUGAUGUACUGUGUAUCAAAAGCAAUAGACUGGUUAGGGUUACAGAAGUAUAUUCCUGAGGUGGUUUGAUUAUCUUCUGGCCAUAUCAUUCUCUUUAGUUACCCUCCUUUCAUGACAUUUGUGUUUUAAUACAUUGCUCUUACACCAUAAAAAUAGAAAUUGAAUUCUCACAGCACUACACAAUCAAAAUGUAUUCAUUUUCAAACAAUUCAAACAACUAUCUUGAUCUUUCUCUAAAUAUUACCAUUUUGAAAUAGCUCUACUACAGGUUGUUGUAGGAUGCCUUUUUGACUACAACAAAUUCUCUGCCACCCCAGAACACAACCAAUCACAACACAACCCUCUCUCAGUCAGAAUACAACCAAUCACAACACAACCCUCUCUCAGUCAGAACACAACCAAUCACAUCCCUCUCUCAGUCAGAACACAACCAAUCACAGCACAACCCUCUCUCAGUCAGAACACAACCAAUCACAACCCAACCCUCUCUCAGUCAGAACACAACCAAUCACAACCCUCUCUCAGUCAGAACACAACCAAUCACAACACAACCCUCUCUCUGUCAGAACACAACCAAUCACAACACAACCCUCUCUCAGUCAGAACACAACCAAUCACAACAUAACCAUCUCUCAGUCAGAACACAACCAAUCACAACACAACCAUACUGUAUCACUUCCAGUACAGGAAGCCGUCCCAAACAGCACAGCAACCUUCCUUCCUUCCAGUCUUCCAGCCAAACCCCAGCCCUCCUUUCACCGGCCCCAAUAACUUCACUUACCCAAUCAAAUAAUACCCAAUGAAGGAGUGACUGAAGAAACCUUUCUAAUCUGUGAAGGAGAUCUGUAGAUGCAAAUAUGACUUUACUCACACGGUUGGUUGAUGUUUGUUGACCAACUGACGGACCUUCCCACUUGACACUAACUUGUUUGGAACAAGCUUUCUGGGAAACAUCCAGGUUGCAAACAAAGCUUCAACUUGACAUCCAAAAGAAUUAUGAAAUGAAAGUGGCUUUUCAAAGAAACACAAAGCAAUACUGUCCAUCAUUAAUCAGUGUAAUUAAUGCACCGCUGAUUGGUAAAAUUGGCCAAUAUAAAACAAACAUAUCCCGCCCAAAAAACUUGAUGAAGGACUCUUUGUCCGUGUAACGAGAUCUUCUGCCCUAGUUUAACUUUCUAACUUUGUAUUGUGGGAGAGAGCGUGAGAAGCGUUUUGGGUGAAGUGUUUGUGGAUUUAACAGGAUAGUGUGUCCCCUGUGUUUCAGGUGUGUGACUCUGACACUAUGCUGGAUCCUGCAUCAUCUGUGGAGAUGGUGAAGGUUCUGGAGGAAGACCCCAUGGUGGGAGGAGUAGGGGGAGAUGUGCAGGUAACGACUCCAUUGUUAUUUACUUGUUUGUUUGUCUGAGACAGUGUUCUCCUAGCCUGGUACCACACUGUAGGUGUUGAAACCAGCUCCAGUCUUCCGUUGAUAGAAUACUGGUGUUGGGUUCAGCACAGUGGGGGCUGCUGAGGGGAGAACGGCUCAUAAUAAUGGCUGGAAUGGAGUGUAAUGGAGUGAAUGGAAUGGUAUCAAACACGUGAAAAUCAUGUUUUUGAUACCAUUCCAUUCACUCCAUUCCGGGCCGUUAUUAUGAGCUGUCCUCCCCUCAGCAGCCUCCACUGAUCUAACCCAUCACUAACAUUGCUGGUAAAAAAUAAGCGUGAUCUUCAGUCUGGUGAUUAGCAGAUUCAGGUGUGUUACUGCUGGACUAAAAAUCCUGACCACCCAGUAGCUUUCCAGGACUCUGGGUUGGAGACCCCUGCCUUACCUAGUACACUACUGUAGUCUACAUGUCUAGACUGCCUAAAUGUCACUCUAUUCCCUAUAGAAUGCACUACUUUUACCUAGAGCCUUUUGAGCCAUAAGUACAAUUUAGGCUCUGGCCAACAGUAGUGCACUCUAUAGGGAUUAGAGUGCCACUUCAGAUUUGCUCCGGUCAGACUGAGAGAAUCUUCAGAUUUACUCCGGUCAGACUGAGAGAAUCUUCAGAUUUGCUCCGGUCAAACUGAGAGAAUCUUCAGAUUUGCUCCGGUCAGACUGAGAAAAUCUUCAGAUUUGCUCCGGUCAGACUGAGAGAAUCUUCAGAUUUGCUCCGGUCAGGCUGAGAGAAUCUUCAGAUUUGCUCCAGUCAGGCUGAGAGAAUCUUCAGAUUUGCUCUGGUUAGGCUGAGAGAAUCUUCAGAUUUGCUCCGGUUAGGCUGAGAGAAUCUUCAGAUUUGCUCCGGUCAGACAAAGAGAAUCUUCAGAUUUACUCCGGUUAGGACUGAGAGAAUCUUCAGAUUUGCUCCGGUUAGGCUGAGAGAAUUUUCAGAUUUGCUCCGGUUAGGCUGAGAGAAUCUUCAGAUUUGCUCCGGUUAGGCUGAGAGAAUCUUCAGAUUUGCUCCGGUUAGGCAGAGAGAAUCUUCAGAUUUGCUCCGGUUAGGCUGAGAGAAUCUUCAGAUUUGCUCCGGUUAGGCAGAGAGAAUCAUCAGAUUUGCUGCGGUCAGACUGAGAGAAUCUUCAGAUUUGCUCUGGUUAGGCUGAGAGAAUCUUCAGAUUUGCUUCGGUUAGGCUGAGAGAAUCUUCUCACACUGUGGUUUAUUAACUGAUGUAGUGAUGUUGAUGCCGUUACGACCCACAUUUAGAGCCUACACAGAAAUCAACACAAACCUCUUAAAAGUAUUUUGAUAUUUUUUUCAACAAGUCAGCUUCAGUGCUACAGGUCUUUCUUUUAUGAUCCUGUGAAGUCUUUCUUUAAAGAUAAAGAGUAAUUGUUCAGCCUACACAGUUGUUGAGUAGCAAACCUGGCAAAUAAUAUAAACUAUAAAAAUGCAUCUACACAACAGGACAUUCCUUGACAUAAUUGAGUUAGCCUAUACCUUAGGUAUAUAUGAUUACUCUCAUGUGAGAAUUCUACAUAAUAGCAGGUUGAUCGGUGGAACAUUUGUAAGAGCUCUGGGAGAGUUGAUAGCAUUUUUUUUUGCUAAUUAGGGGUCCUUAACCCAAUUACCUACGAUUGUGCAGUUUGGUUGCUAUGCUAAUAAUAGAGAAUGUGUUUACAGCAGUUGUUAACCAACUUAAAUACCCUGACCCUCCGAGUCUUUCUUCCUCCACAGAUCCUGAACAAAUACGAGUCCUGGAUCUCGUUUCUGAGCAGCGUCCGUUACUGGGUGGCUUUCAACAUCGAGCGAGCGUGUCAGUCCUACUUCGGCUGCGUCCAGUGCAUCAGCGGACCACUGGGAAUGUACAGGAACAACCUGCUCCACGAGUUCCUGGAGGAUUGGUACAACCAGACCUUCAUGGGCAGCCACUGUAGCUUCGGCGAUGACCGCCACCUCACCAACCGCGUACUGAGCCUGGGCUACGCCACCAAGUACACGGCCCGGUCCAAGUGCCUGACCGAGACCCCCAUCACCUACCUGCGCUGGCUGAACCAGCAGACCCGCUGGAGUAAGUCCUACUUCAGAGAGUGGCUCUACAACGCCAUGUGGUUCCACAAGCACCACCUCUGGAUGACCUACGAGGCUGUCAUCACCGGAUUCUUCCCCUUCUUCCUCAUCGCCACGUCGAUACAGCUGUUCUACCAGGGAAGGAUCUGGAACAUCCUCCUCUUCCUGUUGAUCGUGCAGGCUGUCGCCCUCAUCAAGUCCUCCUUCGCCUCCUGCCUGAGGGGCAACAUCGUAAUGGUCUUCAUGUCCUUCUACUCAGUGUUAUACAUGUCCAGUCUGCUACCAGCCAAGAUGUUCGCUAUCGCCACCAUAAACAAGGCCGGCUGGGGAACGUCGGGGAGGAAGACUAUCGUGACUAACUUCAUAGGGCUCGUUCCCAUAUCGGUCUGGUUCACCAUCCUCUUCCUUGGCGUUAUCUAUUCGGUCGUCCAGGAAACCAGAAAACAUUUUCCAGAGUCUGAAAAGAAAAUCUUAAUCAUUGGUGCGAUAGUGUACGCCAGCUACUGGGUCAUGCUCUUAACAUUGUACACAGUAUUGAUCACUAAAUGUGGCAAGAGGAAGAAAGAACAGCAGUAUGAUAUGGUGCUGGAUGUAUGACACCUCCCUCCUUUCCACCUCCUCCUCCCCUGAAACUCCUUGGUUUACGUCUCAAACGGCACCCUAUUUCCUGUAUAGUGCACUACUUUUGACCAGGGCCAAUACAGCGCUCUGGUCAAAAGUAAGACACUUUUUAGGGAUCAGGGUGCCAUUUGGACGCAGACAUUCACCCUCUCAACGUUUACAAAGUGAAGAAUCUCAAACUGCUCAUUGAUUGUUGGACUCUCGGGCAGGUGA